GUGUGUGUGUGUGUGUGUGUGUGUGUGUGUGUGUGCAUGUGCGCUUGUCUGUGUGCGUGUGCAUGGAUAGUCAGAUUAAGAAAAGUGAGUGUGUAUGUGCACAGGACUACUGGAACACAGAGUAUAUACAGCAGGAAAUAGAAGAGAGAGACAGUCUCACGCACACAGAUAUCACAGCAAGUAUACACAUCGACACCCUCAAUCCCAUGGAGCUCCAAGCCAUGGCACGGGCGCAGGGGAGCCCUCUGAUACUGUGGAUUCUUAUCUCACAAACUCACUGUACUGCAGCAAACAACAAUGAAGUGAAUUUGUUGGACACAAAAUCAAAUCAAGGAGACUGGGGCUGGUUGACCUAUCCACAACAUGGUUGGGAUGCCAUAAAUGAAAUGGAUGAAUACUUCAGACCUAUUCAUACCUAUCAAGUUUGCAAUGUCAUGACCCCAAAUCAAAACAACUGGCUGCGCACCAACUGGAUUCAACGUGAUGGAGCCCGGCGGAUCUAUGUGGAAAUUAAAUUUACAUUGAGAGACUGCAACAGCAUGCCUGGAGUUUUGGGUACCUGCAAGGAGACAUUUAACCUCUAUUAUAUAGAGUCAGACCGUGACAUUGGCACCACCAUACGUGAAAACCAGUUUACUAAAAUAGAUACAAUUGCUGCAGAUGAGAGCUUUACAAGUGUAGAUCUGGGUGUGCGGAGACUUAAACUAAACACUGAAAUUCGGGGUGUAGGCCCUUUAACUAGAAGGGGAUUUUAUUUAGCAUUUCAGGAUAUUGGAGCAUGCAUUGCAAUUGUGUCAGUGCGGAUCUAUUUCAAGAAAUGUUCGGCUAUGGUGCGAAACCUUGCUUCCUUCUCAGAAGCAGUAACUGGAGCAGACUCUUCAUCCCUGGUGGAAGUGCGGGGUCAGUGUGUACAGCAUGCAGAAGAGAGAGACACACCUAAGAUGUAUUGCAGUGCAGAGGGGGAGUGGCUGGUUCCUAUUGGAAAGUGUGUCUGCAAUGCUGGCUAUGAGGACCGCAAGGACACAUGUGGAGCUUGCAAGCUAGACUUCUACAAGUCUGCAGCUGGGGAGCAGUUGUGCCUGAAAUGCCCUCCACACAGUUUCUCAGAUUUUCCAGCUUCAACCUUCUGUCCUUGUGAAGCAAAUUACUACAGAGCAGCUUCUGAUCCAGUCUCUGCUUCUUGUACCAGACCACCUUCUGCUCCAGAAAAUGUCAUAUCCAGCGUAAAUGGCACCAUGGUCAUCUUGGAGUGGAACCAGCCAACUGACACUGGAGGUCGUUCUGACAUCAUGUAUAAUGUGAUAUGCAGAAGAUGUGACUGGGAUUCGGGUCAGUGUGAGACAUGUGGAAAUAGUGUGGCAGGUAGCAACAGCAAUUCUGGAAUCCGCUUUAUUCCCCAGAGGAUUAAUCUAAUGCAACCAGUGGUGAAGGUGUUAAAUCUGCUGGCACAUACAAACUAUACCUUUUGGAUUGAAGCAGUAAAUGGUGUGUCUGAUCUCAGCCUGGAGCCACGACGAUCUGUCUCUGUGAACAUCACCACAAAUCAGGCAGCUCCAUCACAGAUUGUUUUGAUACGUCAGGAAAGCACAAGUCAGAACAGUGUGACACUCUUGUGGAGGGAGCCCGACCAGCCCAAUGGAGUAAUUCUGGAAUACGAAAUCAAGUACUAUGAAAAGGAUAAGGAACUUCAGAGUUAUUCUACAUUGAAAUCUAAAAUGACAAGUGCAACUGUGUCAGGACUGAAGCCUGCAACUCGCUAUGCAUUUCAGGUUCGAGCACGGACAUCAGCAGGCUGUGGAAAAUUCAGCCAGACAAUAGAAAUCGAAACAGGAAAAGCAAUUUCUCUUAGGUAUGAUACAAUGACCAUCGUUUGGGUAUGUCUAGCUUUAGUAACUGGACUUAUAAUUCUGCUGGCAACACUUCUCUGCAGAAAAAGGCACUGUGGCUACAGUAAGGCAUUCCAGACAUUCACAGAUGAGAAGACACAUUACCAGAAUGGGCAGAUUCGCUUUCCUGAGUCACAGUUCUACAUUGAUUCCCAUAAUUAUGAAGACCCAUGCCAGACCAUCCAUGAACUUGCCAGAGAAAUAGAGCCUUCUCGAAUAAAAAUUGAAAAAGUGAUUGGAUCAGGUGAAUUUGGUGAAGUAUGCUAUGGUCGUCUGAAACUUCCAGGGAAGCGAGAGAUUCCAGUUGCCAUAAAAACAUUGAAGUCUGGCUACACAGAGAAACAGAGAUGUGACUUUCUGAGUGAGGCCAGUAUAAUGGCACAAUUUGAUCACCCUAAUAUCAUUCGAUUAGAAGGAGUUGUUUCUAGAAGUAAAUUAGUGAUGAUUAUAACGGAAUACAUGGAAAAUGGCUCGUUGGAUACUUUUCUACGGCAUCGUGAUGGGCAGUUUACUAUUAUUCAGCUGGUGGGUAUGCUGCGUGGAAUUGCUGCAGGAAUGAACUACCUCUCCUGCCUAGGCUAUGUCCAUCGGGAUUUAGCAGCUCGCAACAUCCUGGUCAACAAUAACUUGGUCUGCAAAGUCUCUGACUUUGGACUUUCAAGAGUCUUAGAAGAUGACCCUGAUGCUGCAUACACCACAACGGGUGGUAAAAUUCCUAUACGAUGGACAGCUCCAGAAGCAAUCUCCUUCAGGAAAUUUUCUUCAGCAAGUGAUGUGUGGAGCUAUGGAGUGGUAAUGUGGGAGGUGCUAGCUUAUGGAGAGAGGCCAUACUGGAACAUGAAUAACAGAGAUGUGAUUAACUCAGUGGAAGAAGGGUACCGAUUACCAUCUCCAAUGGGCUGUCCAAGUACCCUUUACCAGCUGAUGUUGGACUGUUGGCUAAAAGAUCGAAAUGAGAGACCAAGAUUUAUACAGAUUGUCAGUAUCCUUGACAAGUUAAUCAGGAACCCUGACAACCUGAGGAAUACAGCAACUAUGGGAAGGUUCAGCAGUACUUUGCCAAACAGAAGCACUUAUAGUGUCUCCAGCUGUGCCACAGUAGCUGAGUGGCUGGACUUCAUUAAAAUGGGACGCUAUAAGGACAAUUUUGCCGCAGCUGGGUAUCAGUCACUGAACCUUGUCAUGAGGAUGAAUAUCGAAGAUAUUCGGAAUCUUGGCAUAACAUUAGUGGGUCACCAAAAAAAGAUUAUGACUAGCAUCCAGAUCCUGCGGGCACAAACAAUGAACCACACUGUCCGAAGCAUGCCUGUAUAAAUGAUAAGCAACCUCCUAGUUCUGCAAAAUGGAAGUGUUGAACAAAACGAUACAUUGACAAAGAAAAGAACACUACAUACUGGCCAUCCACACCAGCAUCACUGGCUUUAACAAAUCAGGCAACAUAUUCAAUAAGUGUUACAGGAAAGGGCCUUCAGCUGAGCAUAUUAUGGUUCCCCAUUUAAAAUAUAUGCUUCUGAGAUAACCAGUCUGAAGUCUCAUGGUGUUGUUUUCACUAACUGCCUAGCCAUCAUAGACUGAAUAACAAAAUGGCACAAAAUGACAUAAUAAAGUCUUACAUUUAUCCUUUUGCAUCGUUUUAAUACCGAGCUUGUAGCAGAACGAGUAUCUUUCAAACAUACAAUAAUUUCCUCAGGCAGACUCUUACAUUCACAACAUGUUAUACAGUUAUUGUGCUAAGCAAUCAUUAAUGAAUCAUCAUAAGUGAUGAUUAACAGACUCAGGUGCUCAACAGUCUUAAUGCAGAAGACAGAUGAUUUGGCAUCGAAUCUGGUUGUAAGGAAUGGCAAAUAAACUCCAGCCAACAGACGCCUAUCAUAUCAUCGUGGACAGAUAAAACACUGCUGAAGAAAGAGCACUGUCUGGCUAUGGAUUUAUUCAGUGCUGUAGUAAUGCCCAUUUUCCUUGUAAAAGCAUGCUGGAGGCAAUCAGAACAGGUGCAUACCAUUUACUGAGAAACUACAGCUAAUCACUUUUGGAUGAAAAUAAACACAAAGGAUCAAAUCAGUUUUUCAGCCGAGGAACAUAUUGUAAAGAGACUGAUUUAAGCCUGAAUACCAAGAGCACAUGAGAACAUCCUGACAAGAUUAGAUAUCUGUACUGUUUUCAAAGAUCUGAAAUAUUGAAAUGAAAAUCAUAAAAUAUAAUUCUCUGCCAUGCCCUUUUUUUUCCCAACUUGACUCUAACAUACUUUAGAAACAAUCCAUAAUGCAAAGAAUAAAGCAGAAAAUAACAGGGCACACAGCUCCUUGAUGCUUUGCCUGUUCAAUCUACUUGUCAUUAAUGAAGUACCAGAUUUAACAAUAAGAGCUGUGGGCAAGGCUUAUGAAGUGUCUUCAGGCAAUAAGAGCAAUCAAUACUAAUGACUGGAAUGAUAUGGAAAUUGCUUUUCAAGCCGAAAACAAACUAGACACUGAAUGUUUAGAUUUAGUAUUACUAUGUAAUAUAGACUUAUUCCAGAUGGAUGGAACAGUUCUCUGUAACACAAAAUGUAAAGAAAAACAUUUUUGUGUGUUUAGCCUUUUGGAAAGAAAAGAGCAUCUGCAAUAAUACCUCACAGGCUACUAUGUUUUCUUGUAUCUGAUUUUCUUCUUGGCGAUGUAUAUAAUUAUGCAGUCUUUGAUGUAUUAUAUUAAAUGAAGAGAUAAAGGUGCAAUGAACAAACACUAUUCAGCCACUAUAAGAUGGCAAAUUAAGAAUGAAAUGUCACUAGUUGAGACAAGCCACCUGAUCAUGCAUAACAUCUUUGUAAACAUAAAAUCAACAAUCACAUUUUAAUUUUGGCCCUAUAAAAUCAGGAAAGUUCUAAAUGUAAUAAGCGUACCCAAUAUGUGCAUGAUAGGAUUUCAAUGUCCUUCUCAGGGACUUACUUCUGACAUGUGCCUUAGUAUGUACAUCCCAGAUUGUGCAUUAGAAUCAGAUGAUGCACAUCCGGCUGUGACUUAUCACUUAUUUCUGUACAAACUAACUUCACAGUAUGUAGAAAAUAAACAUGAAUAAACAGAUACAUAUAGAGAUUGAUGACAGAUAGAUAUGACAAUCUUUGCCAUUUUACUAGAAACAAUAGAAAAAAAAAUGAAUGCUGCUUUACAGACAACAUAGUCUACCUUCCUUCACAUUGCCAUCACUAGAUAUUAUGGAUGUUUAACAAAAUUACAUUGCGAUGUUCUUACUGAAUGUUGGAUAAGCCAUCUCUUUACUAAUUUCACUUGAUUUUUAUCUCAUGAUUACAACAGCUUGUUAGAUCUACUCACCUGAAGUAGAAAUGAAUGGUAUGCAUUCAGAUUCUUUUGAAAAUAGUAUCUAAAAAAUGCUUGUGCCUUCUGUGGAAGGUUGGACGCUGGGCUGGCAACUCGACACUGUAAAAACUCCA